AUGUCGUCUAUCAAUCGCUGGCUGAUCGGCAUAUGUGCCGUGUCCACGGUAUGGGCGAACCCCAUACAGACCCGCGAGACGGACUAUGUGAUGCCCAACUCGACCGGUUUCCGCAUGCAACAUGGCUUUGAGACCGUGCUCGUCCAACCAUUCGGCUACGACGGGUUUCGCGUUCGCGCCUGGCCCUAUCGCCCGCCCACUGGCAACGAGAUCAGCUUCAUCUACGACCCGCCUCUCGAGGGUUUCGAGGACGGAAAAGCCCAUGGCUUGGACUUUGACACUGCCUUCAAUGGCAAUCGGACGGUGGCUAUCCGAAAUGGCAAGAUGGUCGUCCGCACUUCCGGCUGGGGUGGGAACCCGGGGGCUCUCCGCGGCCGCGACUGGGCUGACCCGACGGUGGCGUGGAGUGCGAACAUCGACACGCUUGAGUACCGCGAGCUGUACGUGCGGUGGUUCCAGUGGGCGACCUUCCUCCCGUUUAUGCGAACACACGGGUCGAGGAAGUGCAAUGUGCAGAAUGCGUACACAUGCAACAACGAACCGUGGUCGUACGGCGAGGAGAACACGUCCAUCAUUGUCUCGUACAUCCAGCUGCGGUAUCAGCUCAAGGCGUAUAUCCAGGCUGUAUUCGAGCAGUAUCACCAAACGGGUCGGGCAAUUAUGAGGACGCUGUAUAUGGACUUCGAGCGGAGAGAUCCGCAGAUCGCGAAGAUGACGCGGGAGAAUGUCAAUGCCACCACGCAGCAGUACAUGUUUGGUCCGAGGCUGCUUGUCACCCCAGUCACGUUGCCCAAUGCAACCGAGUGGGAGGUGUAUUUGCCGCAGACGGGUCAGAAUGAGACGAAGACAUGGACGUACUGGUGGACAAAUCGGACAUAUGCUGGUGGACAGACGGUGACUGUGCCGGCCCCGAUCGAACACAUCCCAUUGUUUUACCUGGGCAAGAGGGAGGAUAUAAUGAGCGGAAGUGUUUUCUAG